AUGGCUGUUGCUCACCGUUAUUCGGUGCGUGAUUUCCGUUUGCUUUGUAGGCUGGGUGGAGCUGGAUAUCGUGUUCUUGCAAGGCUAGACCAUAGGCGCCCGAGGCGGUAUUCCCAUCUUGUGGUUAUGGGGCUAAAAUUGCUCUCUCCUUCUUACCCGCUUGAUUUCUGGUUGGGUAAGGGACGACCACUCAGUCCAGAAGCUCAUGGGCGUUUGGUGAGACUCCUUCGAGCCAAACUUAAGCCCCGGGAGCUGAUAUUGCCCCCCGAUGAGCUGUUCGAGACUGAGGAAUCUAGAUAUUUCCUGGAGUACUCUCUCCUUUAUGGAUGGAUGCGCCAGUGGUUAAACUACCUUAAAUGGUAUCACCUUACCGCACUUUCCCCUUGGGUUACCCUCGAGGAACUGUUUAGCGGUCCGGUUGUCUCGCACUCCUGGAGGAUGGUCGCGGUGGACGAAGACCUCGUUCGCUUCUCUCUGGAAGUUGUUUAUAGAAGUGCGCUUUUCAAGUUCAUUAAUCAGGCUGUGAAGUGA